AGUUAGUGGGCCAGCAAAACCGGGCCGUAGAUCGCCGAGAAAGAAGAGACACGCACGGACACUUGUUGCUGCCUGCAGUUACAAACUUACGAUGCACGCCGUUCCCUCCUACCUCCCUCCCUCUGAACCCACCCCUCCCUCUGCAUAAUACAAACAAAUUCAAUUCCCACCUCUCUCCGUCUCUCUCUACUUUCUCUCUCUAAAAAAACACACUACCCCCUUCCUCUUUCUCUCCCAAAGCACACCUCUCCCUCUUAAGCGUCUCCAUCCCUUCUCUCUCUCUUCAGCAAGCUUCUCUUAAUCUCUCUCUAACCUUCCCCACCGGAAAAGUCUUUCGUUUUCCGACUCUCCGUUCUCUCUUAAAGAAAACCGCUCUCUUAGCUUCCUGUCCUCUCUCUCUAACUUUCGUCUCUCUCUCUCUCUGCAAUUUCUACUGUGUAGGAAACUUACCUCUCUCUUUAUCCAUCUCUCUCUCUCUCUCUCUCUCUCUCUCUCUCUAUCUUUGAAGUGACCCCCUUUCUCAUUUAUACGAUGACCUGACCGAAAAAUUGCAGAAAUGAACGGCUCCAAAACCGAAAUUCUAGGGCAUCAGCCCCUUGCUAGCCCCGCCCCCCCUCUGAUGCCUAGUGAUGAGCCGGGCACCAACCCUGACCCUCCUGCUUCCUCCAAACAUGACCAUGGCGACAGGGCCUUAGAGAACUCGGAUCUGGAAAAUAAUGGUGAAAUUGGCAUAGAGAGAUUCGAUUCUGAGGCAGUUUUAGAGCAGGAAGGUGCAGUUUCUUGCGUGGACCGAGCAGCUGGUUUGCCUGAUUCAGUUAAAGUCCAGAAAUUUGCGAUUUUUCCCCCUAGUGAUACUGAGAGCGAUUGUGUUUUGGUGGAGGAUUUGAGUAACUCUAUGGUAGGACGUGAAACGUGUGGAAUUGGAGAUGAAUUGCAAAAGGAAGGAAGCUCUAGUGAGUCUGGGAAAAAUGUUUCUGACUGCAGUUUGUUGAGAGCAAAAACUAUGCUUGGUGAGUCAACAUCUGGUGCACAGGCUGAGUUGCCUGAGGAGCAGACAAGAUCUAAGAGUGAGAGACGGAGACAUUGUACUGCUUGUGGUGAUCAAAACGCUCAAAUAUUUGAUCCAAAGAUCCCUGCAAAAAAGCAGCGGAGCGUUGGAGUUGGGGCAGCUGCACGGUUUCCUUCAACAUCUUCAAUACCUUCCACCAUUGGCUUAAUGCUUAAAAUGUUGGCCAGAAUGGCAACUGUGAAAAAUGACGGCACUGUAGAAUUUGAAGUUACCGAAAAUCUUCCACAUGAUGAUGUUGAUCAUGGAUCUGAAGCUCAUACUGGAGCUGUGGAUGAAGAAACUGAUGAGUUGAUCGACCUGCAAGAUAUCCAGCCAUUGCAGAUUGUGAUGCUUAUUGUUGGUACCCAAGGAGAUGUACAACCAUUCGUUGCUAUUGGUAAACGCUUGCAGGUUUAUGGGCAUCGUGUUAGACUGGCGACUCAUUCAAAUUUUGAGGAAUUUGUUUUGACUGCUGGCUUGGAGUUCUAUCCUUUAGGUGGAGAUCCAAAAGUUCUUGCGGGUUACAUGGUCAAGAAUAAGGGGUUCUUGCCUUCUGGAGCUUCUGAGAUACCUAUCCAAAGAAAACAAAUAAAGGAAAUCAUAAAUUCUUUGUUACCAGCAUGCAGAGAGCCGUAUGGGAGUUCUGGUGUUCCUUUUAAGGCAGACGCAAUAAUUUCCAAUCCUCCAGCCUAUGGUCAUACCCAUGUUGCUGAGGCUCUGAAAGUACCACUACACAUUUUUUUCACUAUGCCAUGGACGCCUACAAGUGAAUUUCCUCAUCCUCUUUCACGUGUCAAGCAACCUGCUGGAUAUAGACUCUCAUAUCAAAUUGUUGACUCAUUAAUUUGGUUGGGUAUCCGUGAUAUGAUAAAUGAUUUCCGGAAGAAGAAGCUUAAGUUACGGCCAGUCACAUAUCUUAGUGGUGCCCAAGGAUGUACUUCAGAUAUACCUACUGGGUAUAUCUGGAGUCCUCACCUUGUCCCCAAACCAAAAGACUGGGGACCCAAGGUUGAUUGCGUUGGAUUUUGCUUCCUCGAUCUAGCUACAAAUUAUAAACCUCCAGAGUCACUUGAGAAAUUUAUUGGGGACCCUGGAGAUAAGAAACCCAUAUAUAUUGGGUUUGGCAGCCUUCCUGUUCAAGAGCCAGAAAAGAUGACACAAAUAAUUGUGGAGGCACUAGAAAUUACUGAGCAAAGAGGCAUCAUCAAUAAGGGAUGGGGUGGGCUAGGGAAUUCGGCAGAAAAAAAGGAAUUUGUAUAUUUGCUGGAUAAUUGUCCUCACGACUGGCUAUUCUUGCAUUGUGCUGCUGUGGUGCAUCAUGGUGGUGCAGGAACAACAGCUGCUGGCCUCAAAGCUGCAUGCCCAACAACAGUUGUACCCUUCUUUGGGGACCAACCUUUUUGGGGUGAACGUGUCCAUGCUAGAGGUGUAGGCCCCCCUCCAAUCCCUGUCGAUCAAUUUUCUUGUCCGAAGUUGGUUGAUGCUAUACGCUUCAUGCUUGAUCCCAAGAUUUGGCCUGUUUGGGCCAUAUACUGCCGUGAAGGGUGCAUAUGAUCUUGACGAAGAAUUCGUUUCCCUGGAUUCUGAUUGUGUGAGAUGUGUUGGGUCCCAAAUGGUCCGUAUAUCCCCAGAGAAGCCUUCUGCUGGAGCAGCGGUCCAAGCAGCCGUUCUUCUCCAAAUUUCUUGGAAGUUUGCUAGGUUUGGAGGUUCCUGUUUUGUUUAUGAGAUCAUUUUCAUGAUCGACCCAUUCUCCUUUUAUUCCAUGCUACUGUCCUCAUCUGAUAUGGGGUUUUCAAAGGUUGAAGUGCAGGGUCAUCUAAGGCUUCAAGCUGUUGAGGAGGGGAAAUGGUCAGUGUUUUGAUCAUGGUUGUUUCUUAUAGGUGAUGUUGCAAGCCAGGUUCUUGAGUUCUGUGCAGUUUUUCCUUUUUUUGGUAAUUUUAUCUUGAAUUGCAUGAUCUUUAAUGGCAUUUGCUUGGAAUGCAUUAUUGAUCUCCCUGGUGGGACCUUCACAUGAGAGCCCCAUAACUUGCAAUAUUUGUUCAAUGUUGCUGUCCACCCUUGAGAUUCUUUCAAUUUCUUCAGGACAACAAAUAGGUAGAAUUUGAUAUUAAAUAUGUUGAUUCUGAGUCUGAAAAAUCUUUUUUUUGGGCUUCUUGUCUGGAUUUUUUUGGUCAUUGGGGACUUCCCAGGAGCAAGAUAAAUAAUUUUUUUUGGGGGUGUUCUAUUUUUUUUUUAAUUUUUUUUUGGGGGUGCUAUAUCCGGGUUUGAGGGGCCUGGGUUACUAGGGGAUGACCAAUAGCGCUAUCGAGGGAGUUUGGUCAGGUGGGUGUGGGAAGUAGGGCUUGAUGACACCUUUGGGACCCACAAGGAUGGACUUGGGUUAGGGGCUCGGGGCUUUAAGUUGGGUUUUUUGUGCAUAGUCUUGAUGGGUUUGGGUUUGUUAAGGUUUGGAGUGGUUGGGAUAUGCCUAUGGUACUUGUUGCCUUAGUGGGGCUAUCAUCCAGACAGUAAUGGGUGAAAGAAGGGCAAUGCAGUACAAUGGCCGUCGAAGAGUGGGUGUUGGAGUUUUUGGGGGUGGUUUAGGAUAUGGCAAGAAAGGUGGUUUUCAAUCUUCAAAAAAGCGCGGGCGGGCGCCUAGGCAUUUUGGGGGCUUGGCCGCCUAGGGAAACCCCCCACCCUUCCCCAAACAAAAUGAACAAAGGGAGUUUUCAGGGCAGAGUUUUAGGCCUUAGGGAGUUUUUAGGACAAUUUUGGAGCCCCAAACCCCUCGUGAAAAAGAGCAACAUAAUAUUAUAGUUGUAGAACAGAUUUACAUAUACAAAGACUCAAAGAGAUUGUAAGACAUCAAAAUGCUUAGGCAACAAGACAAUGCUUAGGCAACAAGACGAAAAGCCAAAAACCAAAAAACCAAAUACAUGUGACAUGUCACCACCCCAAUUAUCUAAUGUCAACCAAACAACUCUAUGGCAUCACCACACGGGGUGUUCAAGUGGAUCCAAAGGAGCAUCUGAUGAUGAUGAUGAUGCCACACCUUCAUUAUUAGAGACAUCGCCCUCCUCAACGUAUUGCGUGUCAUCCCUCGUCUCUUCUGAAUCUGCUUCUUCGUCUCUUCUGAAUCUGCUUCUUCCUCUUCAUCCUCCUCUCUUGAUCUCAUCACCCUAUUCUUAUCAAGGGGAUUUGGACAAGAUCCAUACUUCCAACCUUGAUCAUUUGACCUACAUGAUCCACUAGAAGUCAUUGUCACAGAGACACAAUAAUUGAUUGGAGUAUCAAUGUGAAUCAAAAUCACUUGAUCAACAAACCUGUAAGAUACACAAGAUUAAAGGAUUAACUAUAAAGAAAAAACUCUUAAAAAAGAAAAAAAAAGAAAAAAUCAUAUAAUGUUAUAAUCAUAUAAAAUAAUAUGAAAGAAAAUAAAAUAAAAUAAUAUGAAACAAAAAUCACAUAAUAUGAGACAAUACGUAUAUGAUAUCAAUCUAAAAAAAAAAAUCAUAUAUAACUUCACAUAAGAAUUAAGAUAUAAGUAUAUAAUGUAAUUAUUAAUUUAUCAAAAAAGUAAAACAAAAAUAAUAGAAUAUCAAUUCUCU